ACGCGAGAAAAAUCAAAGGUUUUUGGAUAUGGCGUCGAAGCGGAUCUUGAAGGAAUUGAAGGAUCUUCAGAAGGAUCCACCUACAUCAUGUAGCGCAGGUCCUGUUGCUGAAGACAUGUUUCACUGGCAGGCGACGAUAAUGGGUCCUUCAGAGAGUCCUUAUGCUGGAGGUGUUUUCCUUGUAACCAUCCAUUUCCCUCCAGAUUACCCAUUCAAGCCUCCUAAGGUGGCCUUUAGGACCAAGGUGUUCCAUCCCAACAUUAACAGCAACGGUAGCAUUUGCCUCGACAUCUUGAAGGAGCAGUGGAGUCCUGCACUCACCAUUUCCAAGGUGCUGCUAUCGAUCUGUUCUUUGUUAACCGAUCCAAACCCGGAUGAUCCUUUGGUGCCCGAGAUAGCUCACAUGUACAAGACUGACAAGAACAAGUACGAGUCCACUGCACGGAGCUGGACUCAGAAGUAUGCCAUGGGCUAAACGGAAAAUCCCACCUACUAAAUUAUCUCUUUAUGAAAAAUCUGCCUUAAUUUCUAUGUAUGAUUCAAUAGACAUCUCUCUGUGUCCUUUUAACUUUCUGAAGACAGGACCAAAUGAAGUGGGUCCUGUUUU